AACAAUCUUAAAGAUUGAAGAUAAACAGGAAUCAAACUUAGUCAUUGUACACCUGUCCCUUAAUCCACGUGCGCCCCCUUAAAACCCUCCACCCCCCACUAUUUCAUUUCGUCAGUCUCUAAAUUUGAACUCUGUAUAGUAAAGCAACAUUUUCUCUCUCUCUUUCUUGAUUUAGCUUGGAAACAAUGCUAAAACCUACUAAAAGCGUUGUUGUUGAAGUAACAAAAGGUUACUUUAAUGGAAGAUUUGAUUGGUUUAAUGGAAUGUUGGAGUUCUCUGAUAAUGAAAAAGAAGACAUCUUUUAUACUCUAUGUGCCGCAUAUGCCUUUGUCUCCUUCAUUGCCCUGGUGCAACUCAUCCGCAUCCAAUUGCGUCUUUCAGGAAUUGGUUGGACAACACAAAAGGUUUUUCACUUGAUGAAUUUUGUUGUCUGUGGAUUGAGAGCGAUUUUGUUUGGUGUCUACCGAAGUGUGUUCUAUCUGAGACCGAAAGCACUUGAGAUGAUGCUUCUGGAUCUCCCUGGUCUUCUAUUCUUCUCAACAUAUACACUGCUAGUUCUGUUUUGGGCUGAAAUAUACCAUCAGGCAAGAAACCUUCCAAUUGAUAAACUCCGACCUGCAUAUUACAUAGUUAAUGCAGUCGUAUAUCUUAUUCAGAUAUGCAUAUGGAUCUUCAUUAGGGUUGGCCCAACUUCGGCCGGUGUUGAAACUGCUAAACUCUUUUUCGCAGUUAUUUCAUUUUGUGCUGCUCUGGGAUUUGUCAUGUAUGGUGGAAGGUUGUUCGCAAUGCUUCGGCGCUUUCCUAUUGAAUCGAGAGGCCGUCAGAAGAAGCUUCAUGAGGUCGGUUUUGUGACUGGCAUUUGCUGCACUUGUUUCCUGAUCAGAUGUGUUGUGGUUGCUAUUUCUGCGUUUAACGGGAAUGCUGAUGUUGAUGUCAUUGACCAUCCUGUUCUCAUUCUCUUUUAUUACAUGGUGGCGGAGAUCUUGCCUUGUAUUUUGGUUCUUUUUAUCCUGCGCAAAUUGCCGCCAAAACGUGUAUCAGAGCAGUAUCAUCCUAUUCAAUAAUUCAUAAAAGAGAGAUCGCUGAUUUUAAUGCUUCAUAGUUUCUGUUCAAAGCAGCCUUUGCUAUGCAACCAAGUCAUUAGAAAUAUUAAUUAUCUUUUUGUUUCUCUAGUUUUUGGUCUGUUUGGUCGAUUGAUGAGAAGGACUUCUAGUUUGAUUGCAACUCAUAGUUGUUUAGAAGUCUUGAAACUAUCAAAUAUUCAAAGUGCGACAUAGAAUUAGAAUUUGGAUAGAACUAGAAGACUAGCAGUUCGAAGUGUAAUGGGACUCAAAGUACUGCCUUGGAUAAAUUCUCUCUUUAUACCCCAUUCA